UUUUUUUUUUUUAUUAUUCUUUUUCUUUCACUUUUUUUUUUUUUCUUUUUUCUUUUUUACUCUAAUGAUAUUACCAGUUCGCUUAUCUACACCAUGUCGUCAUUUAUCCUCUUGUAUAAGUCGAUCGGUUUCCACAAAAGCUUCUGAGAGGCCUUUAGCACAGUCGUUUUAUGAUGACAAGAUUGUAACGUAUGCAAAUAAGCCUAUCAAACCUGUAACCUUGAAUCAAUUAGUUCGAUUUGGACAACCACCUUUAUCAAAAGCAACAUUAAGAGAUUGUGCUCUGUAUGCAAGAACUGAAUUACCAGUACGACUAGCAAGACGAGUACGUGCCUUCCAAACUCUUCCUUUCAUUGUUGGUACUAAUCCAUAUAUAAAGGAAAUAUACAAACUUUAUUAUGACUCUUUUGAAAUGUUGGAACAAUAUUCUCAUAGCCGUGACGAUGCUGAUGAUAUGGAAUUUGCUGAAAAGCUGAAGAAUUUGGUGGAACGACAUACUGACAAUAUUCCUACUUUAGCAAGAGGCUUUCUUGAAUGCAAACAAUAUAUGAACAAUCACGAUAUGGCGACAUUUUUGGAUGAUAUGAUUAAAGCAAGGAUAGGCAUACGACUGAUUGCUGAACAAUGCAUUGUAUUGACACAACAUUCUCAAACACAUAUGACACCAAUUGAUAUGUCAGAUAAUGCAACAAAAACUAAUGGAUAUAUUGGCAUCAUCGAUACCCAACUUCAACCAAGUCAACUUGUACAACAUUGUGCCAAUUUUGUUGCUGAACUGUGUGAAUUCAACUAUGGACAAAGUCCAGAAACUAUCAUCAAUGGUCAUACCGAUACAAAAUUUACUUAUGUACCUGUCCAUCUGGAAUAUAUCUUGACAGAACUCUUGAAAAAUUCUUACAGAGCCACCGUAGAACAUGCAAAAGAAAUUGGAUUACUCGACCCUCCUCCCAUUGAAGUGACUAUCAGUCAAAGUAAAGAAGAAAUUGGUAUUAGGAUUCGUGAUCAAGGUAGCGGCAUCAACGAAGAAGAUCUUAGCAAGGUAUUUGAAUACUCCUACACAACCGUAACUCGACCUGGCGAUGAGGAAUAUGGUGAUGAUGAUUCUAGUAUCUUUAGCGGUAUGGCUCUUAUGGCAAUGCAAAGUGGUGUAGGUGGUCCCUUGGCUGGUUUGGGAUACGGUUUACCUUUGGCAAGAAUGUAUGCUAGAUAUUUCGGUGGUUCUUUAACGCUUGUAUCCAUGAAUGGUUAUGGCUGUGAUGUCUUCCUCAAACUAAAACAUAUUGAUGAAUCUUUAGCCGAAGGAUUAGAAAUUUAGUAUAGCAGUAGUUAAAUAGAUAUUUAGAUAGACUCCCUUUCUUUCUUUCUUUUUUUUUUUCUUUUAUUGGAAAUUUGUAAUCUCCAUCUACUUCUAUCCAUUGAUACUACUGUUGUUAUCAUCCCUUUUUUCUGAACCAAUAAAUACAUAUCUUUUUUUUU